AUGAAGGAGUGCUAUCUCAUUCUGUUCAAAUCUAUCUAUCUAUCUUAUUCUGUUCAAAUAUAUAUCUCUCCCUCUCUAUCUCAUUCUGUUCAAAUAUAUUUAUCUCUCCCUCUCUAUCUAUCUCAUUCUGUUCUAAUCUAUCUAUCUAUCUAUCUAUCUAUCUAUCUAUCUAUCUAUCUAUCUAUCUAUCUCAGCCUGUCCAUAUCUAUCUAUCUAUCUAUCUAUCUAUCUAUCUAUCUAUCUAUAUAUCUCAUUUCUUCCCCCUUUUUUCUUGCCCCUUUUUCUUCUUUUUUUCCUCCUUUUUAUACUACGACCCUUCUAUCUUUACUUUCUCUUUCUUUCUUUCUUUCUCUUGGUUUCAUAUUAUUUCUUCUCUCGUUUAUUUUUGUUUCUUUUUGUUUUUCAUCUUUCUUCUCUUCUUUCUCCUUCAUUUUUUCAUUUAUUCUAUUGUUAUUUCCUCCAGUUUCAUUUUUUUUUUCGUUCUUUUUUCUUUCUCGCCGGUCUUUUCUUCUUUCUUUUCUUUCAAUCAUACUUUCUCUUCUUUCAUGUGGUUAUUCCUGUCCUCUCUAUAUAAGUCGUUUUCUUUUUCUUUCACUCUUUCUUUACGUUGACUUUCAUUUGUUUUCUCAUUUCUCCUAUUUUGCUUUUUUCAUGUUUCCUUUGUUCUUCCUCCUCCGCUUUUCUUCCUUUCUUUCUUUCUUUCUUUCUUUCUUUCUUUCUUUCUUUUAUUUCUCUCUCUUUACUUCACUCUCAUUCUUCCCUUUUCCCUCCUUUCUUUUAUUAAUUACUUUCCUCUUUUCAUCUUUCCUUUGUUUAAUUAUUCUUCUUAUCCUCUCUUCUUUCUUUCAUUUUUUUUUACUUCCUUUUCCUCUUUACUGCCAUUUCUUUAUUUUUCUCUCUUUUCUUUUUUUUUAUUCCGCGCCCUCCAUUUAUUCAGUAUCCACUAUCACUUCGCUUCUUCAUAUCUAUCUAUCUCAGCUUCUUCAUAUCUAUCUAUCUAUCUAUCACUUCACCCCUUCAUAUCUAUCUCAGUUUCUUCAUAUCUAUCUAUCUAUCUAUCUAUCUAUCUAUCUAUCUAUCUAUCUAUCUGCUCCUCUUUCUUUCUUACUCACAUUAGGCUAUAUUUAUAAAUUAAACCUUCCACCCAUUCAUACUCGGACACGUUUCUUUCUGGUUCUAAAAAAUAUUGAUAUCUUCCCCUUUCUCUAG